CACAUCUCUCUGCCGCAUUUGCGGCGUUUUGCAGAGUUUUUGCACCAGGCAUUGCUGAGGCAUUGAGACUUGAUCGUGCAGUGCAGUGCAUCAUCGCUGCAUAGCUGUCCUAGCCUUACGAGACGCCAUGACCUCCACAGAGGCAAGAGGCGCCUCGGCCACGCGCGAGUUUGCAUUAGCCUUGGCCAGCGGUGGCUUGUACGGUGCAACCAAUACCGUAGUGGGCCACCCCUUCGACACCGUCAAGACGAAGAUGCAGACGCAAAGCGGCUUCACCAGCAGCGGCGCCUUGGCCUCCGCGCGGCAGAUCCUCUCGAGCGAGGGCGCCGUCGGUUUCUAUAGAGGGUGCCUGCCGCCGAUGUGGGGCAGCGCGGUCUACCGCUCAGCUCAAUUUGCCGUCUACGACUUAUUAUAUGCAGAGGCCGAGCGUCACCCCGCGUCGCUGGAGCACGUGCCCGGAACUGAUAUGCAGUGGCGCGUGCUGGGGGCAGGAGCCGUCGGCGCGACGGCGCGGACCGUGCUCGAGAGUCCGAUCGAGUACGCCAAAGUCAAAGGUCAGACUAAUCAAAAGUGGCGAUUUAACGAGGUCUACCGCGGCGCCGGGCUGCAGUGGGCUAGAACCGGUCCCAUGAUGACGCUGUAUUUCUGCCUUUUUGACGCGUGCAAGCGCAACGGCUACGCGUCGACGCCCACCGGCCAAUUUUUCUCGUCUGGCGGCUGCGCGUUGAUCGGAUUUUGGGUGGUCUGGCCGUUCGAGAACCUCAAGAACCAGGCGCAGGCGGGCAAGAACUGGCUCGCGCACGCGCGCACCACUGGAUUGCUCGGACUCUACCGAGGCAUCGUGCCGGGCUCCAUGUCCGUAUUUCUCCGGAACGGCGCCGCGAUGAUUGUCAUGCAACGCGCGAACCGACUCAUCACGGAGCUCGGGCUCCGGGACUAA